GCGGACAAUGAAACUAUGGUCAGUUUUGAUGUUCAGUCAUUGUUUACAUGCUUACCCGUUGAAGACUGCAUCAAGAUUGUGUCUAAGAAACUAGCAGAGAAUAACAUGCCUACUGAAUAUGCUGAACUGUUAAAACAUUGCCUAACAUCUGGCUAUUUACUGUGGAAUAAUCACUUCUACACGCAAGUGGAUGGUGUAGCAAUGGGCUCCCCAGUAUCUCCCAUUGUUGCUGAUAUCUUCAUGGAGGAUUUUGAGGAGCGAGCCCUGCAAUCUGCACCCGUAACACCCAAAUUCUACAAGCGGUACGUAGAUGAUACUUUCACAAUACUACCAUCUGACAAAGUCACAGCAUUUUUAAAUCAUCUUAACUCCAUAAACCCCAAAAUUCAAUUCACUAUGGAGUCAGAGGCAAACAACUCCUUAGCUUUCUUAGAUGUUUUGGUUAUCCGUAACCCUAAUAACACCUUGAGUCACACUGUGUAUCGGAAGAAAACCCAUACAGACAAAUACCUUCAUGGUGAGUCCCACCACCACCCAACACAGUUAUCUACCGUUGGUAAAUCAUUGUUUCAGAGAGCACGUGGGAUCUGCGAUGAACAACACCUGGGUGCUGAGCUUCAACAUGUUAAGCAAGUACUGCACGACAACAAGCUCCGAGUACCGCGCCCUCGUCGCAGAACCCGCGUGAAACCAGCCACAGUUGAGCGUCUACCUGCUGUUCUUCCAUACAUAAGAGGAGUCACAGACAAGAUUGGCUACAUCUUGAAGCGAGCUUCAAUCAAAACCUACUUCAAGCCGCUGAAGAAGAUUAGUCAAUUCUUACCACCUGUCAAGUGUCACAUACCUCUACAAGAUGCGGGUGUAUACAAGCUUGAAUGUGAUUGUGGUCUCUCUUACAUAGGCCAAACUAAAAGAAGCAUAGGGACCCGCGUAAAAGAACACAUCGCCGAUGUCAAACACCGCCGUUCCAGACAGUCAGCAGUUUGUGAACACACACUAGACAAGGCCCAGCAUUACAUCAGAUUUGAUAAACCACAAGUCCUUGCAAAAGAAAACCGAUUCCUACCUAGGAUGAUUCGCGAGGCUAUUGAAAUUAAAAAACAUCCAAAUUUCAAUAGAGAAGAUGGCUGGGUCAUACCACCUGCUUGGAAUCCCAUCAUAGAAACUAUUAAAUCAAAAUCCAAGCCUACAACUGCUCGACCUAAGGAUACAGUUAGCUCGUUUUGCGUGAAUCGGAUUGUCAAUAAUAAUUAACAAAAUGUAGGGUAGCUGUUUGUAACUAAUAUAUCAAGACGACCAACACCUUAGUCUGCCCGUGACCAUGGAUGCUGUAAAGGAUCCGAAACGUCGGGAUUAAAUCUAUACAUAU